AUGGCUGAGCCUCUGAAGACAAACGGCAAUGGAGCUGCUGAAGGGGGUGCAGACUCUGGAUUUGCAUCAGAGAAGAUGCAGUCACCACCAAGGAGGCUGCAGAGGUUUGAUUCGCUGCACACAGAAGCUGGGAUGAUUCCAGGCGGCCAAAGCCAUGCAGCCAAGGUCGGCUGGGCCACAACACUAAGCUUGGCACUUCAGAGCCUAGGUGUGGUUUACGGGGACAUGGGAACUUCUCCCCUGUAUGUGUUCUCCAGCACUUUUACUAGCGGGAUCAAGGACACAGAUGACCUCCUUGGUGUAAUGUCCCUGAUUAUCUACACAGUGGCUCUCCUUCCAUUGAUGAAAUAUUGUUUCAUUGUCCUGAGAGCUAACGACAACGGUGAUGGUGGAACGUUUGCACUUUAUUCCUUGAUAUCUCGCUAUGCUAGGAUUAGCUUGAUACCUAAUCAGCAGGCUGAAGAUGCAACGGUCUCUCACUACAAGUUAGAGUCCCCCACGAAUCGUGUCAAGCGAGCGCAUUGGAUUAAGGAGAAGAUGGAAAGCAGCCCAAACUUUAAGGUCAUACUUUUCCUAGUGACAAUUCUAGCGACAUCAAUGGUUAUUGGUGAUGGUGUGCUAACUCCAUGUAUUUCAGUGCUUAGUGCAGUUGGGGGAAUCAAAGAAUCAGCGAAGUCCUUAACUCAAGGACAGAUAGCUGGCAUCGCAAUUGUCAUUCUGAUCGUCCUCUUUGCUGUUCAGCGAUUUGGCACAGACAAAGUUGGUUACACAUUUGGCCCAGUAAUCUUGACAUGGUUCAUCUUAAUUGCUGGUAUUGGAAUUUAUAAUUUGAUCAAACAUGACAUCGGAAUUCUAAAAGCAUUCAACCCAAAAUAUAUCGUGGAAUAUUUCCAAAGAAAUGGGAAGGAUGGCUGGAUUUCGCUUGGAGGUGUUGUUUUGUGUAUUACAGGAACUGAAGCAAUGUUUGCAGACCUUGGUCACUUCAAUGUGAGAGCAAUUCAGAUUGGCUUUUCGGUAGUUCUGCUCCCAUCAGUACUGCUGGCUUACAUGGGGCAAGCUGCAUAUCUUCGCAUCUACCCUGAAAAUGUUGCAGAUACAUUCUACAAAUCAAUCCCUGGUCCAUUAUAUUGGCCAACAUUUGUGGUGGCUGUGGCUUCUGCUAUAAUUGCAAGCCAAGCUAUGAUAUCUGGUGCAUUUGCAAUCAUUGCUCAGUCCCAAAUUCUUGGUUGCUUUCCACGGGUUCGUGUCACCCACACUUCAAAAAAGUUUCAUGGGCAAGUCUACAUCCCAGAGAUCAACUACGCGUUAAUGGUUUUAUGCGUAGGUGUGACAGCUAUUUUCCAAACUACGGAGAAGAUCGGCAAUGCAUAUGGUAUUGCUGUCGUCUUUGUGAUGUUCAUAACAACACUUCUAGUCACACUGGUAAUGGCCAUGAUAUGGAAGACAAGUCUUCUGUGGAUUGCACUCUUUCCAAUAAUAUUUGGUGGCGCAGAGCUCAUGUACUUAUCCUCAGCGUUCUACAAAUUUAAAGAAGGUGGCUACUUGCCACUAGGUUUUGCAGCAAUUCUGAUGCUUAUAAUGGGCACAUGGCACUAUGUUCAUGUUCACCGGUACAAAUACGAGCUCAAGAACAAAGUGUCAAACAACUAUGUGGCAGAGUUGGCAACAAGGCGUAGUCUCGCUAGGCUGCCAGGAAUAGGUGUUCUGUACUCUGAGCUUGUGCAAGGAAUCCCACCCAUACUUCCUCAUUUGGUAGAAAAAGUACCUUCUAUCCAUUCAGUUCUGGUGAUUAUCUCAAUAAAGUACUUACCAAUCAGCCAUAUAGAAACAAGCGAGCGGUUCCUCUUCAGAUAUGUGGAGCCAAGAGAAUACAGGGUAUUUCGAUGUGUGGUGCGCUAUGGCUACAACAAUAAAGUAGAAGAUCCAAGAGAGUUCGAGAGCUUGCUCAUUGGGAAUUUGAAGCAUUUCAUCCAUGAAGAAUCAUUGUUCAGCCAAAGUAGUUCUUCCCUUGGAGGAGAAGAUAAUUCAAUCGAAGAGUCAGGAAAUGCAAUGGAGCCUUCUGUUGAAGUUCAAGAUGCAAGAUUACCGAAAAGUUUUAUAGAUGGAAUCCAUGCUGGUCCACCAAACAGGUGCAUGGAUGAGAUAGAGUUAAUUCAGAGAGGGAUGGAUGAUGGUGUUGUCCAUCUGCUAGGAGAAACUAAUGUGGUGGCGGAGCAAAAUGCCGGUUUAGUGAAGAAAAUAAUAGUUGACUACGCCUACAAUUUCAUUAGGAAGAACUUCAGGCAACCAGAGAAGAUCACAUGUGUCCCCCAUAACAGACUGCUGAGGGUGGGAAUGACAUAUGAGAUCUAGAGAGAUGCUCAGAAGAAUGAUCAAGUUGACAACAUAAUCAGUGUUUUCAGUAUCAAGUGCAGAAAGCAUACGCAGAGGAAGGCGGUGACCACAUAACGAGCCUCCCUGACUACUGAAUAUCAGAGGAGGGACAGACUUUACGAGUACAAGUGAGCACAUCCAAUGGUUAUUUACCACAUAAUAUUUUCAUUAGGAAAUUCUACCACAUAAGUGUGUAUAGCAAUAAGUAUGCAUAGCAGUUAGACUCCUUUGGCCAACUUCUUGCCAUCUUUUAGUAAACUAAAAAAAGUUAGUAUAUACAGUUAUCUUUGAGGUACAGUAUACACAGUUGUACACAAAUAUUGUAACCUACUGGCAAAAUGCCAACAAAGAAUAAAUUAUGACUUUGGGCACUCA